AACAAUAUCUACUUACUAUGAAUCAUAUGGACCGAAUUGCUUCUAUAAUCUAAACAGGUUCUAUAAUCUAAACACUGUUGUAGGUAGCUCAAACCAAAAGUACUAUAGCCAUUGGUGAUUCUUUUACUGCACAAACCAACACCUCUUCAUGGUUGUUUUCACCUUCUGGUGACUUUUCCUUAGGUUUUCUUCCACUAGAAGAUACGAUAUUUUUUUGCUUUCCAUUUGGUUGCCUUCUCAGGUUCUUGAAAUAGGUGGAAGUUCUCUUCAAGGCUUAUGGAGAAAAAUUUCAGUAAAGGAAGAUCAAUAGCUUGGAAAUGAUGAAUUUGAAACAACUAGUCUGUUAUUUUUGCGGAGAUCAUGCAAGUUGUUCCAAUUCAUCCACGACCAAAGUAAAUAGGUGGAAACUGAAGGAAAUUCAGAUGGAGUAGUACAACAAGUUCUACUUGAAAUAAGAAAAAUGAACAUGACAGAAGAAGAGGUGAGGAUGGUUUUAGGACGAAAAUGGCCGGAGGCAGCUGGAGUGGCUCCAAGACGACAGGCUCAAACCAAAAGUACCAUAGUCAUUGGUGAUUCUUUUACUGCACAAACCAGUACCUCUCCAUGGUUGCUUUCACCUUCUGGUGACUUUGCCUUUGGUUUUCUUCCACUCAAAGACACUAAUCUUUUUUUGCUUUCUAUUUGGUAUCCCAAAAUUUCUGAGAAAACUGUUGUGUGGUAUGCUAAUGGAGACAGUCCUGCACCAAAAGGAUCAAAAGUGGAACUCACUGCCAAUGAUGGGCUGGUGCUAACUUCCCCAAAUGGUGUCAGGUUAUGGAAUACUGAAGGACUCAAUGUUAAAGUUUCUCGCGGUGUGUUGAAUGACACUGGCAACUUUGUGCUUCAGGAUGGUAAAUUCAACAGUCUGUGGGAGACUUUCAAGUUUCCUAGUGACACGUUAUUGCCUUCUCAGGUUGUGGAUAAAGGAAGAAAGCUUUCUUCAAGGCUUAAGGAGACAGAUUUCAGUAAAGGAAGGUUUGAACUCAUUUUACAAAGUGAUGGUAAUCUUGUUAUGCAUUCUAUUAAUUUACCAUCUGGUUAUGUUAAUGAAAACUACUUUGAAAGUAAUACUAUUAAAUCCAGUACAUCAAGUGCUGGAGCUCAACUGGUCUUUGACAAAUCAGGGUACUUGUAUGUUUUGGGAGAGAACAAUGAGAAAUACAAUGUGUUCGAAGAAGAGAGUAACGUCUCGACCACACAAUUUUAUCUUAGAGCAACUCUUAAUUUUGAUGGAGUGUUCACACUUUACAAGCAUCCUAAGAGUUCAACUAAGAGUGAAGGUUGGACCACAGUAUGGUCUAAGCCCUUUAAUAUAUGUACUUAUACUGUUAGUGCAGGUAGUGGUGUUUGUGGAUAUAAUAGCUUCUGCACUUUGGGAGAUGAUAAGAGACCAAAAUGUCAGUGUCCAAAACAGUACUCACUGAUUGAUCCUAAUGAUCCAUAUGGCAGCUGCAAGCCAGAUUUCGUCCAAGGAUGUGGAGAAGAUGAUCCAAGUAAAAAGAGAAAUGAUCUCUAUGAGUUUGAGAUUUUGAUUGACACUGAUUGGCCUCUAUCAGAUUAUGUGCUUCAAAGGCCUUUUACUGAAGAACAGUGUAGGAAAUCUUGUAUGGAUGAUUGCUUGUGUUCUGUGGCUAUUUUCAGGUUAGGUGAUAGUUGUUGGAAGAAGAAGUUACCACUUUCAAAUGGGAGAGUUGAUGCAACUCUUAAUGGUGCUAAGGCUUUCUUGAAAGUGAGAAAAGAUAAUGCCUCCCAUGGUUCCACCGUACCUGUCACAAAUUAGUAUUAAAUAUUCUCUAAACAAGUUGGUUAGCCGGUGUUAGAUGCUGGUCCUUGUUGUGUUGUUUAAAGUCAAUAAUAAAAUUUGAAUGUAUGGCUUUGUAUUAAGAUGUGACUUUAUAUUCCUUCAACAUUAGUAUUUGAGGUCCAAGAUUAGUUUACUUUGUAUGAAUAAACCUUAUUACAUUGUUUUUUUUGAGAGAAAACCUUAUUA